AUGUUGAUCCCCAUGAAGUGUCCUAAUUUAUUUGUUUUCUUGCUCGUCACUGUUUCCCUAUUUGGGGCAGCAUAUGCACACGGACGCCUGAUUAACCCGCCCGGUAGAAGUAGUAUGUGGCGGUUCGGAUUUCAAACGCCGAAAAAUUAUAAUGAUAAUGAAUUAUUCUGCGGGGGAUUUUCGCAUCAACAAAGUCUUGGAGGCAAAUGUGGCUUGUGUGGUGACCCAUAUGACCAGUCACCACCGAGGGAAAACGAAGCCGGUGGGAAGUACGCGAAGGGCAUCAUAUCAAGACGCUACAGAAAGGGCUCUCAAAUGGAUAUAACCAUACAGAUCACAGCGAAUCACCUCGGAUACUUCGAAUUCCGACUCUGUGAUAACAAUGAUGUGACCAAGCCAAUAACAAAUGAAUGUUUAAAACAUUUACUGGUAAACUCUGAGACGAAAGAAACAAAACAUCCAAUAGGGACAGUGAAAGGGAAUAUCACCAUCACAGUCGACCUUCCACAGAAUUUAACGUGCUCUCAGUGCGUCAUCCAGUGGAGGUACCACACAGGAAAUUCUUGGGGAAAUGACGAGACUGGACAAGGUGUAGGAUAUGGACCACAAGAAGAGUUCUACGCAUGUGCAGAUAUAGCUAUCUUUAAUGAAGAUGUAGUUAAUAAAAUGCAACCUAGCAUAACAUCCCCUGCGAAAGAAAAGGUUACAACAUUGUUCUCAACUAAGGGGACACCUACAACAAUGUUCUCAACUAAAGGGACACUUACAACAAUGUCCUCUACUACAGCGACACCUACAACAAUGUCCUCUACUAAAGCGACACCUACUUUGUCGUCCAUUUUGAAGUUAUCCACGUCAAGGGAAUCGCCUACCUUUUCAACAAAAGCUGAAGAGUUACUUACAUCAACAAAAGCAAGACCAGACGCUCUGACAACGACUACUAUGGCACAAACAAAACCUACAACACCUCUAAAACACACACAAAGUGCACCUCCAUCGCCGUCUAGCGACACCCUGAGUUGUGUUUCUUUAUCAUUGGUCACUACGGAUUUUUGGUGCAAUAGCUCUUGCAAUCACGUACCUCCAUAUUGUCCGCCGACAGUAUGCCAUUGUUCGUGA